AUGGCACCCCUGAAGCCCCCUUACCCGAGGUGGUAUAAUCCUAAUGCUAGUUGUGUGUAUCACGCUGGGAAUCAGGGACACUCUACAGAAAACUGUGUGGCCUUUAAAAAAAGGGUUCAAGGUCUCAUCGAUGCUGGCAUUUUACGAUUUGAUGGUGUUAGCAAUGUGACGGGAAAUCCUCUUCCUAACCAUACUGGCGGGAAUGUAAAUGCGGUGACAGAUGAAGACAGUUGGCAAGCCAAAUGUGAUGUUAAUGAAGUAAGGACACCUUUGAAGAAGGUAUGGAAGAUGAUGAUUGAAAAUGGCUUACUUUGUCCGUCUAGUAAGAUCCUUAAAGAAGAAAGUACAAAAGACCAGAGUUUCUGUGAUUUUCAUGGCAUCGAAGGGCAUGACAUCCAAUCUUGCAGGGAAUUUAGAAAAUUACUUCAGGAUAUGAUGGAUAACAAGGAGGUCAAAGUCUUUGAUAGUGUGGAGAGGGCCGAUGAGGGAGGAAUAUGUGCCUCUGAUGAUCAGUUGAUGGCUUUUCCCUAUAGCGUCGAUAGGCCCUUGGUGAUUUAUUACGAGGCAAAGGAGGAAGAAGUUAGUCGAGAAGUUAAACCAAGUUUGAUAAUUGAAGUACCUGCUCCUUUCCCUUAUAAGGACAACAAGGCAGUGCCUUGGAAUUAUGAUGUCAAUAUCAUUGUACCUGAGGGUGAAAAGUCCAAGGUUGUGAGUGAAUGUGUUAGCGGAGUAGGACAUUUUACUCGUAGCGGAAGAUGUUAUUCUCCCGAGACGGUUGAGCCAAAGAAGAAGGUUGCUGGUCCGAGCCAAAAAGGAAAAGCACCAAUGUAUGAGGUUGAGGAUGAUGUUGAAACACAACUUGAGCAGGAAGUUAAAAAGGCUGUGAAUGAGGAGGAAGCACAUGAGUUCUUAAAGUUUAUUAAGCACAGUGAAUAUAGCUUCGUAGAACAAUUAAACAAGCAGCCGGCCCGAAUCUCGCUUGAUAGGUGGGCAAAUAAUCUAAAUGCAGAUAAUUUCAUCUCUUUUAGUGAUGACGAAAUACCGCCAAAUGGUAGGGGCUCCGUAAAAGCAUUGCACAUCACAACCAAUUGCAAAGGUUACAUAUUACCAAAUGUGCUCAUCGACAAUAGAUCUGCACUCAAUGUUAUGCCUUUGGCCACCCUUUCUAGGAUGCCGGUUGAUAUGUCUUAUCUGAGGCCUUGUUAUUUUACAGUCAUGGACAUCACGCUUUCAUACAAUUGCCUCUUAGGAAGACCUUGGAUCCAUUCUACUGGGGCAGUUCCUUCAUCUCUCCAUCAAAAAGUAAAGUUCAUCAUGGAUAGCCGUUUGAUUACUGUUGGUGGGAAUAAGAUCCCCAUUCCCAAACUGUCAAAGAAUACCGGGAUGAGAAUUAAGCUGACUGUGGGAAAAGGAACUCGAGCGAGGAAAGGUUUGGGAAAAUAUCAACAAGGGAUGGUUAGAGCUUUGAAACCAACGCACCACAAGGGCCGAUACAGUUUGGGGUUCAAACCAGAUAUACAUCAAAGAAGAAAACAAUUGCAGAAAGAUCGAGAGAGAAGAAUCGCAAAGGCUUCAGGCCAGGAAUUGGGGUGGGAGCCGUUAGUGUAUCCUCCUUUGUUAAGAACAUUUACAUCAGCAGGAGUGAUGUACCCAGGGCAGAACAACUCGCAAGUCACAUUAUUGAUCGAAAAGGGUCUUCAGAAUAUCAGCCUAAAUGCUAUUGACAAUGAGAAUGAUGAAAUUAAGAAUGCUUCAAUGAUACGCCCUUGUCCUCCAGGAUAUGUUUUGAACAACUGGACUGCUGAGGACCUCCUUGUAGUUUUUAAGUCCCCGUCAGAGUGCUCAGAUAUCAAUGGCAUGAAUAAUCCCGUUAUGAAUCCUGAAAUCAAUUUUGAGAAGGUUGUUUGUUUAGGAGAAUUCGAAGCUGACGAAAAUGUUGAAGAUUGUGUCUCGUCUCCCGACUUACUGAGAAUGGUGGAACAAGAAGAGAAACAAAUCCUACCCCAUCAAGAAUCUGUUGAGGUAGUUAACUUGGAGAAUGAAGAAGAGAAACAAGAAGUGAAGAUUGGGACUUCCAUUUCAAAAAACAAAAGGCAAGAUUUGAUCGCUUUGCUCCAUGAAUACAAGGAUGUGUUUGCCUGGUCUUAUCAAGAUAUGCCAGGAUUGAACACGGAUAUUGUGGUCCACAAGCUCCCACUGAAACCAGAAUGCAAGCCCGUUUAG